AUGCGCCCAGUGCUUAGAGCCAAGCGGCAGCAGCCUCUCCUGUGGCCCGGGAAUGCGGAACCCCCAGCGCCCCCUUGGAUUUGGAUGGUCCCGAGCGCGUCUGGGCUUUUUCGGAUCGGAGGCGCUGCCGGGCUAGUGCCCCCUCCUCCCCCUCCGCUGCUGCUCUCUUCGCCUCCUCCUCUUCCUCCUCCCCCGCCGCCGGCCCCGUUGAUCCAGGGGGUUUCGAGCUGGCAACUUCCCUGCGAUCCUUUUGUGCCUCUGAUGGCAUCGGAGCACCACUCGACUGUUCACCAGCUUCCGUUCCUGAAUGGACAGUGGAUGUUUGGAGCUCACUCUCCAGUAAUUGGAUUUUCACCUUCUUCAAAUGUGGAGUUUGUUCCUCUUUUUCCUCAUGUGUAUACUACCACUGCUCUACCACAUUCUGGGAAAAGUUGGAUAGAAAAGAGAUUACCAAAUUACAAGAUCUAUUUGAACAACACAUUUGCUCUUGAUUCAACAUGGAUUCAUCCCAAGGAACUAAGAAUCUACCAAGGACAUGAAAAGCCUCUUGCUACAACAAACCAAGUAGCUGUGGCAGUGUCUAGGCCAGCCACUGCCCCCAGGCCUUUUCCGACAGUGGUAUUAACACCUCAACCGAUUCCAGCUGGUUCACUUAAACAAAAUGGAGGCAACCAGACCAUUGCAUUUGCAGCAGCCAUGCUGUCCAUAGACGCUGAACCCCCUCAGGGACCACCAUCAAGUGUGCAGCCUUGUCAUGUGCUGACUUUGUCACCAAUAAAAAUCCCAGUUUUAACAUCACCUUUCCAAG